AUGUUCUCGUGGGGCCGUAAGCAGUCCUCCUCCUCCGGCUCGCCCUCGUCGUCCUCCUCCUCCUCCAGCCGCCGCCGCGGCGGGGCGGACGCCUCCAUGGACUCCAGCAGCCGCGGCGGCGGCGGGAGCGGGAGCGGGAGCGGGAGCCGCGGACGGAGCCCGCGGUUGGAUCGCCGCAACGCGGUGAAGCGCAUCGAGUACGAGGCGGGCGCGGGGGCGUCCGCGUCGGUGGGCGCGUCGUGGUCGUCCUCGUCCUCCGCGGAGCAGCAGCAGCGUUCGCCGGGGCUCCGGCCCUCGCACUCCCUAGACCUUCCCCCCGGCGCGGACCUCCGCAUCAGCGGGAGCGUGGAGGGGGAGGUCGACGAGCUCUGCCGCAGCCUGGGGCUCUCGGGGCCCGAGGAUUUCGCCGUCCCCGUCGCCGCCUGGGAGGCGCGCAAGUCGCGGUCUAACUCCGACCUCCUCCCGCGCUCCCGCCUCGACCCGUCCACACCCGCCGAUGAACCCUCGCCAAUUGCGCGCGCGGUCUCGGCGCCCGAUGUUCCGCCGACUCGCUCCGUCCCUGCCCCCAUUCCUGAGGAGUCACUCCACUCUUCGUCCGCUUCCACCGCCACCGACUCGGCGGAGGAGCCUUCCGCUGCGGCGCCCGAGGAGUCACCUAAGGCUGCCCCUGCCGUUGCUAUUGUGGCUCCCGCCGGGGAUUUGCCCCUGCCUUCGCCAAGGAGGGGAGGCGGGGAGGUAGGGAUACGGGGUGCACGGCCGCCUUUACUCUCCCCGCCUCCGCCAAUUGGUGCACUCGCUCCUCCGCCGGUGAGGAGGUCCUUCGUUGACGAUUACAUGACUGGGUCCGCUUGGGACAUUGUGCAGUCGUUUGCUCCCAGGGAACAGGGAAAUGAACUGGGAGAACGUGUGGACACUCGUUGCAAUUCGGACACAGAGGAAGAGAAUGAGGUUGAGGAUGGGGUGGCAGCAGUGGAGGGCGAGCUGAAAGAGUUGAGGAUAGGGGAGACCUUCGAGGGGUUCACUGGAACUUCUUCAUUGUCGACGACGAAUGAUGAUGACGCGUCCAGUACAACCACGGAGGCCAUGUUCAUCAUAUCACCGAAUGGCAAGUUCAAGCGGAAGAUCAAGUCAUGGAUGCGUGGUGCUCUUCUGGGAAGCGGCUCAUUUGGGAUGGUGUACGAGGGGAUCAGUGAUGAGGGUGCGUUUUUUGCUGUGAAGGAAGUAUCUUUGCUUGACCAAGGAAGCAACGCACAACAAUCAAUUGUUGCACUUGAGCAGGAAAUUGCACUCCUCAGUCAGUUUGAACAUGAAAAUAUAGUCCAGUAUUAUGGAACUGACAAGGAAGAAUCCAAACUCUAUAUCUUUAUUGAGCUUGUCACACAAGGAUCUCUUUCAUCCCUCUAUCAAAAGUAUAAACUACGAGAAUCGCAAGUCUCUGCAUACACAAGGCAGAUUCUUAAUGGAUUGGUUUACCUCCAUGAGAGAAAUGUGGUCCACAGAGAUAUCAAAUGCGCCAAUAUAUUGGUGCAUGCAAAUGGAUCUGUAAAGCUUGCAGAUUUUGGAUUGGCAAAGGAGAUGUCAAAAAUUAAUAUGCUAAGGUCAUGCAAAGGAAGUGUUUACUGGAUGGCACCUGAGGUUAUUAAUCCUAAAAAGAUGUAUGGGCCUUCAGCUGAUAUAUGGAGCCUUGGCUGCACCGUGUUGGAAAUGCUAACCCGGCAAAUACCAUUUCCUAAUGUCGAGUGGACAAAUGCUUUCUUCAUGAUUGGAAGAGGGGAACAGCCUACUAUUCCCAACUAUCUGUCGAAGGAGGCACAAGAUUUCAUUGGCCAGUGUGUAAGAGUUGAUCCUGAGAGCCGACCUUCUUCAUCACAACUUUUAGAGCACCCAUUUGUUAACAGACCACUGCGAGCUUCAUUUGAAUCUUCAUCUCCCCCGGCCAUCAGACUAUAG